CGGUGCCUGCUUCCUCCCCUCCCACUCCACGCUCCUCUCUCCGAGAUCAAGCCUCUCUUCCCCUCUCUGAGCCUUCACUUCAGUCAACAUGGCCACACUUGUAACGUCGACCAGGUUCACAGACGAGUAUCAGCUGUACGAGGAACUCGGAAAGGGGGCCUUCUCUGUCGUCCGCAGAUGCGUCAAGAAGUCCACCGGACAGGAGUAUGCUGCUAAAAUCAUCAACACCAAAAAGCUGUCAGCCAGAGAUCACCAGAAACUGGAGCGUGAGGCGAGGAUUUGUCGAAUGCUCAAACAUCCAAACAUAGUACGACUCCAUGAGAGCAUUGCAGAGGAAGGCUUCCAUUACCUCGUCUUUGACCUUGUAACCGGAGGAGAGCUGUUCGAGGACAUAGUUGCGAGAGAGUAUUACAGCGAGGCGGACGCCAGCCACUGCAUCAAUCAGAUCCUGGAGAGCAUCAGCCACAUCCACCAGCAUGAUAUUGUCCACAGAGACCUCAAGCCAGAAAAUCUUCUCCUCGCCAGUAAGAUGAAGGGAGCAGCUGUGAAGCUUGCAGAUUUCGGUCUUGCCAUUGAGGUGCAAGGGGACCAACAGGCGUGGUUUGGUUUCGCUGGAACUCCAGGAUAUUUGUCGCCUGAAGUGUUGAGAAAAGACCCAUACGGCAAGCCGGUGGACAUCUGGGCAUGUGGUGUGAUCCUGUACAUUUUGUUAGUGGGAUACCCUCCCUUUUGGGAUGAAGACCAACACAAACUGUACCAACAAAUCAAAGCUGGCGCCUAUGAUUUUCCUUCCCCAGAGUGGGACACGGUGACCCCCGAGGCCAAGAAUCUGAUCAAUCAGAUGUUAACCAUUAACCCUGCCAAAAGAAUCACUGCUGACCAGGCUCUCAAGCACCCCUGGGUCUGCCAACGCUCCACAGUUGCCUCCAUGAUGCAUCGUCAAGAGACUGUUGAAUGUCUGCGCAAGUUCAACGCCAGGAGAAAACUUAAGGGAGCUAUUCUCACAACAAUGCUGGUAUCCAGGAACUUUUCAGUGGGACGGCAGCACACCAGCCCUGCUGCUACCACCAGCACGGCCGCAAUGGCCCAGGAAGCGUGCAAAACCUUAUUAAACAAAAAGUCGGACGGUGUGAAGAAAAGGAAGUCCAGCUCAAGUGUUUGUUUGAUGUCGCAGGGAAACAACAGUAAAAACAGUGUAGUAAGCAGCAGCAGCACCAAAGACAGCAGCAUGUCAUCUUCCGCACCAAUGGAAGCCCAGACAACAGUUGUACACAACCCAGCAGACGGCACCAAGGGAUCCACAGAGAGCUGUAAUAACGCAGAAGAGGAGGAGAUGAAAGUUGGUUCCCUGCAGGAAGCUGCAAGCAGCUCAACUGACGCUGCUGCUCAGACCGGUUCAGCUCAGGGUCCUUGUCCCGAACCAGGGUCCGAUCAGUCGAACCCAGCAGGCGACUUCAAGCUGCAGGCGACUCGGAAACAAGAGAUCAUUAAGAUGACGGAGCAGCUGAUCGAAGCCAUCAACAAUGGGGAUUUUGAUGCUUACAUGAGAAUCUGUGACCCUGGACUGACUUCUUUUGAGCCAGAGGCUCUUGGAAACCUGGUGGAGGGCAUGGACUUUCACAAAUUUUACUUUGAGAAUCUUCUGAGUAAAAACAGUAAACCGGUGCACACCACCAUCCUCAACCCCCACGUGCACCUGAUCGGCGAGGAUGCCGCCUGCAUCGCCUACAUCCGCCUGACGCAGUACAUCGACAGCCAAGGACGACCCCGCUCCUGCCAGUCGGAAGAGACCCGUGUGUGGCAUCGGCGCGAUGCCAAGUGGCUCAAUGUUCACUUCCACUGUUCAGGAGCACCGGCUGCACCGCUGCAGUGAACAACCCAGGCCCAGGUUUGCCUGAGCUCUACAGCUACUUUACUCUCCGAGGUCGGAGUGGAAGCCUAGAUCCUGGCUAGGAUGAGGCUGGUUGGAAAACUCAAAAGUGGGGAAAAUAUUACAAUCUCUGAAAAGGAAAAAAAAACAAAAAAACACACACCUAAAAAAAUGUUUUAAAAGCUUGAAUGAAUGACUGACCAAUCCAGUCCAGUCCAUCCCUUACUAGAUGAUGAUAGGGGUCUCUGGUGUUGGGGGCCCUGCCUUGCAGAUGGUGCAUGCUUCUGACAGUUACACAGGGGUGAUGCUGUCAUGGUCCUGGUCUCCCAUGGCCUUUUUCUCCCCAUUUCGGAUUUGUCUGAAUGUUAGAAAUAUAAAUAUUCGUCAUUACUUAAAAAUAUUUACUGGGGCAACGAGAAUAUUUAGAAUAAUGUGAUCACUUUUGCCUAAGCAGAGCAGAAAAGCGUUUACUUUAAUGCAAGUAUUGUUUUUGUCAGUUAGUUGGUAUAUUGAUGUUCUGGUAUGGGUUAUGGGAAUGAGUGACUAAUGUGGACUUAGAGUAAGGUUGCUUUAGGAGUCAGGUUUGAGCCUCUCCAUUGUUUUAAGGCAUUAUGUUACUGAACAGACCUGCAGGAAUAUGUGUUGAGAGCUCAUUGAGGGUUUUUUUUAAAACAUUUUCUUUGACAUUUUUUAAUAAAAAGGGGUUUUAUUUAAAAAAAAAAAAACUGUCUAUAACGAGAUAUUUAUAUCGAGGAAAAUAGGGGAAAUUAUUUGCUUUCUGGAUCUAGGAAGGGAUCUUAUGCUGGAGAUUUAUUUUAAAUUUUUUUUACGUGAGGUCCGUAGGUGUAAAUACGAUAUUGCUACACGUCAUGCAUGCAGAAACACGCUCGCAGCCCCCCCAUGUGCUUUUAAGGUCAAGUCUUGAGCUUUUUAGACACAUCGUUCCAAGGCCUGCUCACCCUGAAGUUGCAGGACUCCAUCUGUUUGAUCUGCAGUGUUUCAAUCCAAACACAAGGUGGGAUCGUCGGUGAAAGUCUGAAGCUCCUUAAAAUGUGCAAAUCUGAGCUGUAAGCACGCACGGACACUCUCUUGGUUUCAUUUUGUUUGUGUGUUUUGAGGUGAGGCAUGAUUUCUUUAACUCUCCACUGGCCUGUACUGUUUUCUGCACAUUUAUGACUCGAUGCUGUUGCGUUUGCUCUUUUGAAGGAGUGAACAUUUCUGCAACUUCAGGUUACACUUGCCAAAAUCCCACCAUCUCACUCUACCUCUGCCCUCCUUCUUCCAUCAUUGACCUUCACAAACCAGUCCCAUUGCCAUCGCAACACCAUCUCUUCCACCCCGUCUCUUGUUUUGAUCGUGUUCUAACUGUAUAUUGUCCGUCUUGGCUUGCUGUACUACCGUGUGAAGUCCUGGUAAUGUAAAAAGUCUGUUAACAGGCCGCAUGUUAAGGAUUUGAUGGGAAGAGGGCUACUAUCAGGACCUUCACUGCCACCAAUCAGUGGGACUUGGUCCUUUUUAUCAGUCUCUGUUCUAAAUGUUGUAGUCGUAAAUGUUUUGAUGUCUGCAUUUUAAUGUUUUUAGGCUAAAAGUAAAAUGAGGUGGGGGUCGAAAUGAGCAGGAAGUGAUACUUUUUAAACAGCACAGAAAACAUUACACACAGAAUGCUGAAGUUGUUAGAUGAACUCUUGUUUCUAAUCCGAAUCACAGCAUGACAAAAGCACACGAGAUCAAAGAUUCUCUCUUUGGAAAAGGACAAGAACACACGUCUGUGCCGGUGUUUGUUUCACAGUGUCGUCCAAGCUUUGUGUGACUCUGUACCAGCAAAUGAGCAACACUUGAGUGUCCAUUCUGCACCAGGCUUCUCCAUGGUAACUCGCGCGACACAAGUCGGCCGGUUCUUCCUACCAAGACGUUGUGUGUGUGUGUGGUUGAGCCGACUCAGUCGAGCGAACAUUUUUAAGAAGACCAUCUGUAAGCCUCGUGUUUAUGUACAAACUGCCUGUGCUUCUGUUCGAUCGACGUAUCUGAGAUGCCAUGAGAACUGUGUCCACUCCUCCACCCUCUGCACCACAACGCUUUAUAAAUCUGAAUCUGUGUGGUGUGUUUUAUGCUUCCGAGUAACUUGUUUGUGCUGUGGGCACCAGCCUGGUUGUAUGUUGAUACCACCAAGUUAAUAUGUUUGGGUUUUUCUAUUGUGUGUGGGAGAAACACAUUUGGGAAGGUUGACAUGGAACUUACGGAAGGUGCAAGUACAUUGAAGAGGUUGGCUUAGAGUUAGGGAUGUACUAUGAAGCAAUAACCAAUGCAUUUGAAAACUGAACUUACUGAAACUGUAACCUGCACAGUUAAAGGUUAUGCUUUGAAUUGGAAGCUGCAGUUUAAAACUGUCAUGUUCUCCUUUUCUAAUAUUAUCCCAGAUAGUAGAUCCAGAUAUUAACAUUUCAGUUCUACGUAAGACAACUAUUGGUUAAAUCUAAACCACCCUGAAAGACCUUAAUGCCAUUAAUGCUAAAUGAGAAUAGCAUUUGCACCAUACUGGCAGUAAAUUAAAAUGGUUGCAAAUAUCAAAGUCAGUGCAAAUCCCAAAGACAAAAAUCCUUCUAUUUUAGCUAGUAUAUUUUAAUCCUUGUAAUAGAAUCGGUGAUUAAUUAAAAUAAGUUUUGAUUUAGCAAAUUAUAGGUGCGCUGAGGCAUUUCCGCUUAGGUUUGUAAGCGAACAUCCAAACUUUUACAGUUGUAGGUCCAUAUUUUUCCAUCAAACAAAGCUGAGAAGUGGCAGUACAUGCAGUGGCUUUGCAUUUAAAUUGCUUAUGUGCAAUUCUUUUUGAUUAAUGGACAACAUUUUUACAAUUCCUUUGUUUCUUUUUAAUUCUGUUCAGGCUUGUGAUGAUUAAAUCAUUGUGAUGUCAGAAAUUAAGAAGUUUGUUAAAAGAAACAUAAAAGUAAAAAUCUGAGUGAUGCGUCACAUUCAGCACUGAGGCCUAACACAACCAUCCUAAACUAACCUAGUGAAAGCAAACCUUCAGCUUUAACACAGGUGGUCGCCUCGAUGGUCAGACAAGACGCCCAGCUUGGCUUGAAUGAGGGAAUCACCUAUUCGGGUCCACGGAUAGAUAGAUGAUCUUUGUAUUAAAAAUGCUCACUUCAUCUUUUCCCUUUUGGCAACAUGUAUCCACACAUUAAAUCAACAUAUCCCUGGUAAUUAUGUAGUUAUUUUUUGCUAAGGAAGACAUUAAAUUUUCCAUGGUAUAGACGGUGACAGGCUUGAAGGUGCAUUUACAAACACUAUGUAAUCACGUGUCUUCCUCCUUUAGGGGGCGUGGCUCAAAAGGCAAUAUUUAUGUAGGAAAGGUAAAUUUUAAAUCACUUCUCUGCUUUGAAAAACAGUAGGAAUAAAUAAUUGAGAUUUAUAUUUUAUAAUUUCGGGAGUUUGAGUUGUCUAGCUCUAAAGUAGGAUAUUUGCCUUUUAAUAUCAGUUUGCUGAUUGUACAGCUAAAAUAACACAAUAGAGCUGGAGUCUGUUUAUCCUAAUGCAAAGUUUUAGGAACCUAGAAGUUCUGGUUUUAAAAACAAAGAGACAAACACAUUAAAUAAACUUUAAAGAACAAUGACAAAGUAGUAGAAUUACACACAACUGUUCAAGUGUUGUGACUGCAUAGUCUGACACUGGUAACGGUCACAGCUAACAACCCAUGGUGGAUAGUCUUGUUUUGUUUUUUUUUACAGAUAUUUUAAUAUUAUGACACAGAAGAUGUUUCACAAUGUUUUUCUUUUUUUCAAAAUUUCAGUCAAAAGAUCGAUCCAUCAUAACCAAUACUCAAGCCUGAAACAGAAAGCCUCAGAACUGAUAAACACUUGUCAGUCUUGUGCAGCCAGUUAAAACAGAAAAAGUCCGGUUGUGUUAAACCUGCUUCGUAGAACAUCCUCUGAACCCGCCCAAGGUAACAAACCAUUUGUCAAAUUAUUUAGAACAAGCAUAAUCUUUCAAACCAACUUUGCAUCUCACAUUUUCAAGCAAAAUAAAUUAAAUGGAAAAAGAAAAUCCACAACAGGUUUUAGUACCCCUCUUCUUUUGGGGGUACUAGUAAGAUCCCCACUGCCAUAAUCUUUGUUACACUUGUGGUUUUCUUUAACUGCAAAGUCAAAAAAAAAAUAAUCCCUCUGCUCUAAUAAAUCUGUUUUCAAGUUUCUCCUCAAUCAUAACUUGAAACAAUUCUCUCCCCCGCUAUUUCAGUCAUAUCUAAAAUACAAAACAUAGACAUAAAAUAUAAAACGAGCAUAAAAAUAAAAUGGAAAACUUGAAAUGUAUGGUAUCUUGUAAGGUUUAUAUAUGAAUUUUUCCCCCUAGCUCCAGAAACUAGGUGCGAACAAUCAUUUCUGUUCACAUGACAAAUCAAAGUUGCAUAGAGAGAUGGUGAAAACCUGACAAUUGAUAAGGGUUUUAACAUAAAAAUAUCCGACAUAAACAAGGUUCUAAAUUAUGUAACUCUAAACUCCAUGUGCACAAACCCACCCAUGUCAUCAUCUAUUAAACAUUGAAGCCAGAAGUGAAGGGUAUGUGAAACAAAUCAAGCAACCUAGAAUUUAAAAGGUUUUAUUUUCCAUUUGCAAAUGUCAAAGUUCAUACUGGUUCAAAUGUUGGAUAUGCUUUGUUUAAAAAUGUAAAGUGAAAUAUAGAGAUAAAUGCAACAAACAUCUUGGAAAAAGUCAAUAAAAAAAACAUUCUGAACACUAUAUAUGCAGUUUUACACAUGGAAGAAAUAUGCAUGUACAUCUGCUCUCUGGUAAUUUUCACUGUUGAUAAAGAAAUAGAAAUUUAUUUGCAUCCUCCAGGUUAUAAAAUGGUUGUCUGAGAAAUACUAAAUAGUGUUAUUUCACAUAAAAAUGUAUUGAUUAGCUGAAGCCUUAGUUUGAUUGUGCUCCUUUAAAAGUAAAUAUAUUGCAUUGUGACCUUACAAAAUGGGGCUACAUGUGUAAAUUCAAAUGGAUGCUGGAUUUUUGCAUGACCAAACAAAUAAAAAUCCUAUAGGAAAAA